CAAAACACACCAAGCAAACGUCUUUCUCAACAAAGUCACACGAAGAAUCACUUACGUACGCGAAAGAUGAAGCCCGCUACAUUUCUCGUGGCUCUGACUACCGUCGCGGUCAUUCUCUCCGUCGUCAGGGCUGAUCCCUAUGGUGGGUGGCAGCCGAUAAAGAACAUCCACAGCCAUCGCGUCCAGGAGAUUGCUAGGUUUGCAGUAGGAAUGUACAACUUGGAAAACGGUUUCAAACAUUGGUUGAGACUCGCAAGCAUUCGGAGGGGCUUUACCCAGGUGGUGGACGGCGUGAACUACAAGCUCGACGUGACGGUGGCUGGAGGCAAUCGAGGGAGUAUGUACCGAACAGAAGUUUAUGAGAGGCGUGGCUCAUUGGAGCUCAAGUAUUUCACACCUAUAUACGAGGGAUUAAAUUAAGAUCCUUCAUGAACAAUAAUUUUAGCCGUCUUUGUUUUAAUUAGUAUGUUUUUCAUAUGUUUGUUUGAUAGUGUCUCAAUUGUUUCAUAUGUUUGUUUUACCUAGUGAUGUUAUGUCCUUUUUUUAUCAUAAAUAUGAGUGUGUUUCUCAAUUGUUAGUGUCUCUAUUUUAAUUUCUACAAAUCUUUUCACUAGAUAAUGAGUUUAAAAUUUGCAUAAACCACCAACGUUGCUUAUCAUUUACUUGCUAAUUUCGAAAGGUAAUAUAGAAUGACACAUUCUGGAACGAAAUAAAAUUAAGGAUUCGAA